CGAGUUUCAUCUUCCUCUCUCUCUCUCCUGACAGACCCUGUUGGAACUUCAAACAGGAGUCAUAUCGUUGUUUCUUAAGCUUCUCUCUUUAAAUUUCCAUUUUUCCUGGCGUGAACAUCUUCCCUCAUCUGAUUCUGCGACUGGACUGGACGAUCAAACCGUCCCCUCGAUAAAACGUCCUCAUACGGAGAUCCUCUACGCAACACAAGUCAGAUCUAUUGAAUCGCCAAAAUGGCAUCAACCGACGACCUCAAGGCGCACGCCGCCUCUAACCAGGAUUUCUAUGCCCUUCUCGACCUCUCCCCUGCCGCCGCCGAGAACGAAAUCCGCCGUGCAUACAGACGCGCCGCCCUCAAGUACCACCCGGAUAAGAUCUCAAAUCCGACCCCCGCAGAUCUUGACAAGUUCCAUCUGCUUCAAAUUGCCUAUGAUGUACUCUCGGACCCCACGGUACGACAGCUCUAUGACAAUGCGCGGGAGGCGCGGAUUCGCAAACAGCGGGAGAGGGAUCUGAUGGAUUCGGCCAAGAGGAAGAUGAGGGAGGACCUGGAGGCGCGGGAGCGCGCAGGAGCAACUGCCAUGGGAGGUGACGCGCAGAGAGGGGUCAAGAGGUCAUGGAUGGGUGGAAUGGGCGAGGACGACGCAGAAGAGAAGCUACAGAGAGAGAUUGAGCGCAUCGCGGAGGAUGGGCGCCGACGGAGGCGAGAAGCAGAAGAUAAAAUGAAGCGAGAAAUGGAAGAGGAGGAAAAGAUAAUGCAGCAGGAGGAGGAGGAAGCCAAGAAAGCAGCAGAUAGAAGCAGCCAGCGGGUUGAUCGGUCACAGGAAGGGGGCGCCAAUGUCUCCGAGCUCGAACGUGCGGUCAAAGUACGCUGGGUCCGGGAAGGUCGAGGCAUGGACUUGGACAAAGACUCUCUGGCUUCUCUCUUUGCCCCGUUCGGCAAGGUUGAGAGCACAAUCACACUCAAGGACAAGCGGCAACGCAUCGGAGACAAUCGCGAGAAAAAGACUGUCGCGACAGGCGUCGUGGUUUUCGCCUCCAUAGUCAGCGCCCAUGCUGCAGUUCUGGACAGCGAAAAAAAGAGACGCCAGAGUACCGGACGGACAGACGACGACUGGGCUGUUAUUGAUUCAGUAUUCUGGGCAUCGGGCACUCAGCCUGAGCUGGGAAUGGAGACAAAUCGUCCUGCAUCUCCCCAGAAACCAAGUGCACCGGCAACCCCAACUCAGAAUACAACCGCCCCUUCUACUGCUUCCAAACCAAAGUUCAACUUCCCAGGAUUCAAAACAGCUACAUCUGAUGGGGCGGGUAAGAAGCCUGGUAAAGCACCCUCUUUCGCCUCAUUUGGGUCCGCUGCCGCAUCGGCCAACUCAAAGCAAUCAACAUCUUCUGACGACUCGGCCAAGGGACCGAGCACCCCAAGCAUGGAAGAGCUGACACUGAUGCGAUUGAAGAAUGCGCAACGGGAGAAGGAACGGAAAGCCCUCGAAGAACAAAUUCAAAAAGAAGACGAGGCCGCGGACGCCGCUGAAGCUGCUGCUGAAUCCAGGCGCUAGCUGGUUACUGGCAGCUGAUGUGUUUUAACGUUGUCAUUAUUUGUAUAGAAGGCUUGCUCGAUGUUUUAUUUCAGGAGAUACCCCUGCAGUUCUUUUC